AUGUUUCAGGGUCCUCAAGAAUUAAAUGCGUUAAGCGUUUGUGCUGUUCAGUAUUUCACAGGCUCAUACGCAGCAUGUGCUACAGCUUUAAUGGCUCUGUCUACAUCGGCGUUAAAUGUUCAACCAUCAGGGUGCUUCAUGGGUUAUUGUGACUUUGUCCGUUGUCUUAGAAGAGCGAAUUCUGUAAACUUGAUUACCCAGUGCACUCGUGAAGCAAGAACGGGUGUGAACAUAACACUGGAUGCUGAUAACGUCCGAUUUUAUACAAAUGUUACUUCUUGUAUUUUAGCUAAAUCUCGAUGUGGCUCCUUUAACCCCAUUACUGGGGAGCCUCAACUUCCUGGCUAUACUUCAUCGGGAACAAGAGUCAGUAACGCUCUUCAAAUUGCAGAAUCAGGAGAACUACGGGUUAUUGCGUUUUCUGCUAAUACUCCUGUCAGCAAUUCAUUUUGUACAAUAACUCCAAAUUUAACACAGUCUAGUUGGCUCACAAAUGUGUGCUAACUAUUGCUGUUUUUAAAACUAGAUUAUCUUUUGUGUACCUAAUAAAA